AUGUAUAAUAUGACUUUUGAACUUAAAACAAAAGAAAAAACACAUAAUUCUCCAUUUUCGUCAUCAUCCAUUCUCGGUUUAUUUCCACCAAAGACAACAACAUCAACAUCAUUAGACAAUGAUGAUAUAUUGACAAUUCAACAACCAACAUUACUAUCGGCGUGUAUAAGCAACGAGAGUAGUGGAAGUGGGAGUAGUCAUUCAUAUUCAGAAAGUGGUUUUUGUUCAUCAUCUUUAUUAUCAUCAUCUUCAGUUAUUUCCGCUUCUUCAUCACCACCGCAAUCAUCCUCUCCUUCAGUUUUAAAACGUGCAUCAUCAAUCUCGAUCAUGCCAAUAAAUAUCCAUUCGACUAAUAAUAAUAAUAUUUUAUCUACAAGUUCUCCAACUUGUUCAAAUGUAAAUUCAGCAUCAUCAUCACCAUUGACAUCUUACAACAAUUUUCCAUUAACAAAUCAUUUAUUGUUAAACGAUUCAACAUCCUCUUCUUCAUCUUCAUCUCCUCAACAACAACAACAACAACAACAACAACAUCAUCAUGGUAAUAAUAAUAAUAUGCAACUAUUUCAAUGUUGUCCAUUUUGUGGUAUAGUUUAUAAAAAACAAAAUCCUGCACGUGUUUUACAAUGUUUUCAUACUAUAUGUGAAUCAUGUGUAAAUAAAUUACCUCCAUUAUCAAAUGGUAGUAGUGAUGGAUGUAAUGAUGAUGAAAAUGAAAAUUAUUAUCUUAAUUGUCCAUUGUGUGGUCUCAAAACAAAUGUACAAAAUAUAUUACCUGAUUAUACAAUACAUAAUGUAUUAGAAUGUAUGAUGCCGUUGAAUGAAACGACAACAGAACAACAUUGUACAACAUGUAAUAAUAUUGAAUCAUUAGCCAUGCCAAAAUGUUGUUCAAAUGGUCAAAGAGUUGUGUAUAUAAAAGAAUUUGAAUCAAAUGUUAAUAAUAAUGAUUUGCGUCCAUGUACAAAUCAUAAAAAUGAAUCAUUAAAAUAUUUUUGUUUGACAUGUAACAUACCUAUAUGUAAAGAGUGUAUAACAACUGAUCACGGACGAAAUCAUGAAUAUAUAUCAUUGAAUGAUGCUGGAUCACAUCAAGUGGCAAAAUUACAAAAUAUGGUAGAAAAUACAAGAUUACGUUUAAAUGAAUUAAAAUAUUCACAAAAAACAUUUGAACGAGCCUGUGGAAUGUUACAGACUCAGUAUCAUAAAGCACAACAUAAUAUCAAUGAAACCUAUAAUUUUUAUCGUCAAUUACUUGAAGAACGUAAACAUGAACUAAUCAAAGAACUUGAUAAUGCUUUUACAGAGAAGCAAACAAUUUUAACUAAUCAAAUGCAAAAGAUUGAUGAUACAUUGACAAGAGCUAAUCAACCUUUGGAUUUUUCUGAUCGUUUAUUUAAAAAUUCAUCAACAACAGAAAUAUUAAUAUUUAAAAAACAAUUGGAAAAUAAAUUAAAUACAAUAAUACAAAUAAUGCCUGAUCCAAAUAUGCAUUCAGCAUUCGAAAUUGAAUUUGUAUCAAAUUUUCAAGCAAUACAAACAGGUGUUAGAAAUACAUUUGGUUAUGUGAGAACAUCACCUGAAAUGACAACGAAUAAUCAUUAUAAACCACGUCCAAUCGCACCACCAUUAGCAUCAAUGAAUAAUGCUUGUCAUAAUCAUAAUCAUAAUCAUCACAAUGGUUAUAGUCCUACAAAAAUACAUCAACAGCAUAAUAACAAUAAUCAACAACAGCAGUCACAGUUACAUACAUCUUCAUUCAUUUCAAAUGGCCUAGAUGUACUUGGAUUAUCAUCAAAUAUGAAGAAAUAUGCUACACCAACACCGAUAAGUUUUUCAUCAUCUGAGGCAGAUAUUAAUCCGUAUGAAUUAUGGUCAACUGGUGGCGGUUCAAUGACAUCACCCAUUUCUGCACCUUCAGUAACAUCAUUACCAUCAUUGCCUCCAUUAUCAUCUUCGACUUCAACGAAUGGUACAACAGAUCUUGGUGUUGAUAUGGUAGUUGAUAGUCUUCCGAAUUUGGAUGCCUAUGGAACGCUUCCACACCAUUUAAUGUUGCCAUCAAGACCAAAUGGUUCAUUGAAACGACAUAAAAUGAUAUAUCAUUUAAAAUUUGGUGAAUUUGGAGUAAUAGAAGGACAAUUUACAGAACCAUCUGGAAUAGCUGUCAAUGGUCAAGGGGAUAUUAUUGUCGCUGAUACAAAUAAUCAUCGAAUUCAAGUAUUCGAUAAAGAUGGACGAUUUCGUUUUCAAUUUGGUGAAUGUGGUAAAAGAGAAGGCCAAUUGUUAUAUCCAAAUCGUGUUGCCGUUUUUCGACAAUCAGGCGAUAUUGUUGUCACAGAAAGAAGCCCUACACAUCAGAUACAAAUUUAUAAUCAAUACGGACAAUUUGUAAGAAAAUUUGGUGCAAAUGUUUUACAACAUCCUCGUGGAGUUUGUGUUGAUAAUCGCGGACAAAUUAUUGUUGUUGAAUGCAAAGUGAUGAGAAUAUUUAUUUUCGAUUGUAAUGGAAAUGUAUUGAAUAAAUUUACGUGUUCAAAAUAUUUAGAAUUUCCAAAUGGUGUAUGCUGUAAUGAUAAACAAGAAAUAUUUAUUAGUGACAAUCGAGCACAUUGUAUUAAAGUAUUUUCUCAAGUAGAUGGACAGUUUUUACGCACCAUUGGUUCAGAAGGUAUAACAAAUUAUCCGAUCGGUGUCGUUAUUAACAAUCAUGGUGAUGUAUUAGUGGCUGACAAUCAUAAUAAUUUUAAUAUAACUAUAUUUGAUCAAAAUGGUAAUUUAAUAAGUGCAUUAGAAAGUAAAGUUAAACAUGCACAAUGUUUUGAUGUUGCACUUAUGGAUGAUGGCUCUGUUGUAUUAGCCAGUAAAGAUUAUCGUGUUUAUGUUUAUCGUUAUUUAACAACACCUGGUACAAAUGGUGGCACAGCAGUAUCAACUAUUACCACCACUACAAAUUCUUCGUCAACACCUACUUCACCUAUUUCAUCAUCAUCAACAACACCACAAAUCACUUGUACAUCUCCCAAUCAACAAAAUCAAAUUGAUCAAACUCAACAAACAUUGAUAACUCAAAAUGGAUAUUGUUAA